CCGCGCGUGCGUGCGUGAGAGCGUGUAUGCGCUGGUCGGACUCCACAGGACCAAUCCGCGCUCCGAGCAGAUGACGCGCUCAGACCUACGUCAGCCCAGCCGCUCGUCGGGCUCAGAGCUGCACGCGCUCCGCAGAAACACACACACACGCGCGCACACUCCCUCCGAGAGCCGGACAGCAGCUCGCGGCCCCGGCAGCCCGCCCGCGCGAACCCCGGCCUCCAGGCGCCACAGCCCGCGGUGACGGUGGAGCUUCCGCCGCUGGACCUGAGCGACAUGGGAGACAUGGGGGAUCCGCCGAAGAAGAAGCGCCUGGUGUCUCUGUGCGUGGGCUGCGGGAACCAGAUCCACGACCAGUACAUCCUGCGGGUCUCCCCGGACCUGGAGUGGCACGCCGCGUGCCUGAAAUGCGCGGAGUGCAGCCAGUACCUGGACGAGUCGUGCACGUGCUUCGUGCGGGACGGGAAAACUUACUGCAAACGGGACUACAUCAGGUUAUACGGCAUUAAAUGCGCCAAAUGCAACAUCGGCUUCAGCAAGAACGACUUCGUGAUGAGAGCGCGCUCCAAGGUCUACCACAUCGAGUGUUUCCGCUGCGUGGCCUGCAGCCGCCAGCUCAUCCCGGGGGACGAGUUCGCUCUGCGGGAGGACGGGCUCUUCUGCCGGGCCGACCACGAUGUGGUGGAGCGGGCCAGCCUCGGAACCGGAGACCCGCUCAGCCCGCUGCACCCCGCCAGACCGCUGCAGAUGGCAGCAGAGCCCAUCUCCGCGCGCCAGCCCGCGCUGCGGCCUCACGUGCACAAGCAGCCGGAGAAGACCACGCGGGUCCGGACGGUGCUGAACGAGAAGCAGCUGCACACGCUGCGGACCUGCUACAACGCCAACCCGCGGCCCGACGCGCUCAUGAAGGAGCAGCUGGUGGAGAUGACCGGGCUGAGCCCGCGCGUCAUCCGCGUCUGGUUCCAGAACAAGCGCUGCAAGGACAAGAAGAGGAGCCUGCUGAUGAAGCAGCUGCAGCAGCAGCAGCCCAACGACAAGACGAACAUCCAGGGCAUGACGGGAACUCCGAUGGUGGCGGCCAGCCCGGAGCGACACGACGGCGGCAUCCAGGCCAACCCGGUGGAGGUGCAGAGCUACCAGCCGCCCUGGAAGGUCCUCAGCGACUUCGCGCUGCAGAGCGACAUCGACCAGCCGGCGUUCCAGCAACUGGUGAGCUUCUCGGAGGGAGGACCAGGCUCCAACUCCACCGGCAGCGAGGUGGCCUCCAUGUCUUCUCAGCUUCCAGACACGCCGAACAGCAUGGUGUCCAGCCCCAUCGAGGCCUGAGGCGCAGGCGCGGGCUGCCUGCGGCGCAGCGCGCGCCUGCGACCACCCCCUUCCGACAGCACCAAACAACCCGCCGGUUGUAUCUGACACUGUGAAGACAAUCAUGGGACUCCGCCGCAGCCGCCCGUUCCCUCCCGAACGUGUGCAGGCUCACGCGCCGGCCUGAGAGCUCUGCGCGCACGCUCGGUUGCAGUUGCCAAAAAAGCGAAGAACUCUUCAUCUAAAACGUGGAUCUCAGAGCUGCAGACAAAUUCAGAGUUUGAACGUCUGCAAGAGGACGCCGGUAUGAAGAAGUCUGCACAAGAAUUUCUGCAGGAGAACGUCUGCGUGGAACCGUCUGCAGGAUAAUGUCUGCAGGAGAACUUCUGAUCUUCAUUUCCUUGGUUUCCUUCAUGACCCCAGACUAAACGGCAUUUGCAACAAGCUUACCUCUGUUCUGACACGCUGGUGGGACGUUUGUGACUUUGUGUCCGUCGACUGAAAGGUGAUUUUUUUUUUUUCUUUCCCCAAAGACGUGUAAAUUAUUGAUGAGUUAGUUCUGGAGAAAACGUAUUGUUUGUUCCUGUGCAACAGAAUUAUUUAUUAUUUAUUGCCGAUAAAAUUGCCACCUUUUGUGUAACUUUCGUAACUGAAGUAAAAAGGAAGAAAAUUG